AUGGCGGCGGCGGCUAGCGGCGGCGGAAAUGGAGGAGGAGGAGGAAGAGCGCCGGAAGCACCAAAGAUUAUAUGGAACGAGAGAUCGCAAAGGUUCGAGACAGAUGACAAGAAAGCGUAUUUGGAGUACGAGCUGAAACACGGCGGCACAACCAUGGACAUCCUCCACACCUACGUUCCGCCCAGCAAGCGCGGCCUCGGCCUCGCCGCUCUUCUCUCGGAAUCGGCUUUUUCUCACGCCAAGGCACACUCGCUCUCCGUUAUCCCAUCCUGCUCUUAUAUCUCCGAUACUUUUAUUCCUCGGAAUCCCUCGUGGAAUUCCGUCCUGUACAAACAGGAUACCAAAUCAAAUAUCUGA